AUGCCCACCAUGAGCUCCGCCUUCGAGGACGAGGACCUGUCGCUGUCCAUAUCCACCCCGACCGCGCGCCGCAGCUCCAACAACCAGCGACCAUCCGACCCCCCGCAUGCCCCGCGACCACCGGGCCGCGCUGACAGCGCCUCCAUAACCAAGGUCAACCAGCGCCUGGGCCAGUACCAGAUCGUCAAGACCUUGGGCGAGGGUUCGUUUGGCAAGGUCAAGCUGGCCGUCCAUGUCGUCAGCGGACAGAAGGUUGCGCUCAAGAUCAUCGCGCGCAAGAAGCUGAUUACGCGCGACAUGGCCGGAAGGAUUGAGCGAGAGAUUCAGUAUCUUCAGCUGCUCAGACACCCGCACAUCAUCAAGCUCUACACCGUCAUUACAACUCCAAGCGAGAUUAUCAUGGUGCUCGAGUACGCCGGAAUCGAGCUCUUCGACCACAUUGUUGCACAUGGCAAAAUGAGCGAAGAAAAAGCCCGCAAGUUCUUCCAGCAGAUAGUUUGCGCCGUCGAGUACUGCCAUCGGCACAAAAUCGUCCAUCGUGAUCUCAAGCCCGAGAACCUUCUGCUCGACGAGAAUCUCAACGUCAAGAUUGCGGAUUUCGGUCUCAGCAACAUCAUGACCGACGGCAAUUUCCUAAAGACCAGCUGUGGCAGCCCGAACUAUGCGGCGCCCGAGGUCAUUUCGGGAAAGCUGUAUGCUGGCCCUGAGGUCGAUGUGUGGAGUUGCGGCGUGAUUCUAUAUGUUUUGCUCGUGGGCAGGCUGCCCUUCGAUGACGACUAUAUCCCCUCUCUGUUCAAGAAAAUCGCCCAAGGCAGCUACACGAUCCCGAACUACCUGUCCUCGGGAGCUGUCCGUUUGAUCAAGAAAAUGCUCGUCGUCAAUCCGGUGCACCGCAUCACCAUUACCGAAAUCAGGCAGGACCCGUGGUUCAACAAGGACCUAGCGCCGUACCUGCAACUGCCCGCCGAGGAGUUCUUUGAUACCGGUGUUGAUCCCACCAAGGCCAUUGACCCGGACAAGUUGGGCCCUACCCGCCCGGCGCCCGUGGUUCAGCAACUGCACGAGACGGUUGUCGGAAAGCUUGGGAAGACAAUGGGUUACGCAAAGGAAGAUGUCCAGGACGCUUUGGCGAGGGAUGAACCAAGUGCAAUCAAGGAUGCCUAUCUCAUUGUCCGUGAGAAUCAAAUCAUGAAGACAAACCCCCUGCUGUCACAGGAAAAGAGCUUGCAGCCAUUCCUCGCCACAUCGCCGCCAAACUAUGACCCUAGAGCCAUUGGAUCGCCCAUGAAUCAUCAGUUGGGGGCGCCGCCGCCGCAGGGUCCUAUCAAUACCGAGAGACAGCGACACGGAUCGAACGCAAGCAAUGCCACGAGCAUAAACGAGCACCGCAGCCCCGUUAGUACAAUUGCCAUCCUCCCGAGCAGCCUUCCCGACUUCCAUCGCGCGUACAUGAAGGGCCAUCCAAAGCCAAAUGCGUCCCCAGAGCGUGUUGGGUCGCCCAAGGAACAAUCUGCGCAAGAGAAGGCUGCUUCCGCAAGACGUCUCAAGCCACAUGCGCGGUCUCGGGCGGACAUGGAGCGGUCCGGAAUGCGCCCUGAGGCUAUGACGCCUAUCAAUGAAGUUCAGAAGAAGAAGAACAAGCCAAUCAAGUGGCAGUUUGGUAUUCGGAGCAGGAACCAGCCGGCCGAGGCUAUGUUGGCAAUAUACAAGGCAUUGCGCGCCAUGGGAGCAGACUGGGAAGCUCCAAUGAUCAGGCGAGCUGGUGGUGGAAACAGCAGCAGCGAUGAAUCUCCCGGCCGAAGCAGAUCAGGUUCGCCGGGCGGCUCUACAGACUCCCUGGCUCAACGGUUACAAGAGGUUGGGGCCAUAGACUCAAGUUCCGAGCUUGAUGUUGCGGAUGAGCUGGCUGGCGCCAAGGGAGAAGCGCAUGGUUCACGAGCUGAAGGUUCUCGUGAACGUGGUCGCGGACGCAGGUCUCACGGGCCAUGGAAUGAUUUUGGCUACGGAAUCCCGGAGGAUCCAUGGGUCAUCAACGCGCGUUUCCGUAAGGAAGGCAUGUUUCCUCCUGGGUUGAAUCAUCCAUCGUCCACGCAUUCAUCGCGAGUCGAUCUCCACGACCAUCCCCAGAUACGCAGCCGCAGCUCCAGCCUUACCUCACCCUCGCUCCACCACGACGAUCACUCGCAUUCGGGCUCGAUUCCUCAGAGCAGUAGUCGGGGAACUUCGGCAGCAGCCUCAGUUGCCGGCGAAACCGCUCGCUGGCCUGAUGUCGAUGAUGCAUGCUACGUGUAUCUCACCAUUCAAUUGUACAACAUUGAGCCGGGGUUCUUCCUUGUCGACUUCAAGUGCGCAGGGUAUGAGCGCCUGGUUCCGCAUAUCGUCCGGGAGAUCCGCUCCCAGAGCAAGGAUAGCCAAGAGGAGUGGCGGAAGCUUGCAGAUGGCGAGGAGCUACCCGCUUCAGCUGGCGAAACAGAGAACGGGGAGCCUGUUGAGAAGCCGGAGAUAAGACAACGCCUUGAACUCAUUGGGGCUGGGAGAGCGAGUGAGGAGAAGAGGGCAACCAGCCCGUUCCCUUUCCUGGAUGUCGCAAGCAGGCUCAUCAUCCAGCUUGCGCAAACGAACGACUAG